AUGCAGCUCGAUAAUAAUGACGAAAUACUAGCAAAGCUGAUGCAACCGUCCAUGAUAGACUCCAAAAUCAUGGAUAUCAAAAAGCACUUGCAAGACGUACUAGAUGGCAAAGCACCUAUUGUCCUGACAACCGAUGAUGAGCUUGUUUUGAGUACCACAUGUAAAAGCCAACACGAAAAAAAGACAAUGCGACAAGCCAUGGAAAAGACCAGGCGAUAUUACUUGGCCGAGGAAUUGCUUGGGCAAUUGAUGCAAUCGUUUAUACAGUCGCAAAAGCAGAUUGCUGUUGACUUUGCAACGUUUCUACAGGGCAACGAACAAUUCCGAUCAAAGACAGUGACGCAAAAGAUUCAUGUUGUGGAUAGCUAUCUUGCCGAGAUUGGUGCUCCAGACGCAUUACGUGAUCCUUCAAGUGCAUUCUUUAUUGAGCUUCGGAAGCAUUUCUAA